AUGAACAUACUCGAAUCACAAGUUAAUGAUCUAAAUUAUAUCGCAGAGUCUCCCAUUGCCAUCCCGGUCUUUGAUAACAUGAAUGGUCAACAACAGCAACAGCAACUACAGUCUUCGGAAUCACCCGCGGAUACUGGGGCUCAGAGCGGAAAGAAGAGAAAAAAUGAUUCGGGUGAAGGAGGCGACGCAACGUUGAAUGGAAAUAAGGAAGGCACUGCACAUACAAGGGCAAAGAGAAAUAGAUAUAUAUCUAUUGCUUGUAACGAAUGCAAACGAAGGAAAAUCAAAUGUAAUGGAAAUACACCAUGUCAAAGAUGCGGAAACCUCAACCUCGAAUGUCAAUAUGCUCCGAAUUGUUGUACCAAUGGCUUCAAGGAAUCGGAGGAGUUUCGUCGAAUGAAUUCACAGCUCGCCUUAUUGCAAGAACAAGUGGAUAAUCUGUAUUCGACGCUAAAUGCCAUGCGCCAUAGUGGCGUCAGUGGAGGUGGUGAUGGUAGCGUAUCGUAUGGCGCAUCAUCAGAAAGAUCACUGUCAAUAUCACAACAAUCCGCAGUACAAGGACUUUCUCCCUUGAGUUUUCACCAUAAACCUAUACCCAGGCAUCCUUCAUUUCGUGGACCGACCAGUUCCGCUUUUGGUCUAGAUGUGGCUAAAAACACACUUCAUAACAUGGGAUAUCAAUCAUUGGCAGAUGAAGGCAUCGCUACUCAGGAUCCUACUCCGGUACCAUCACCACCUCCAAUACGGCCAAGAGCAUUACCAUCCAUCAAUAUGAAUGGCGUUCGAGCUCCAGAUCCAUUGAGAAGUGUAAAUCGAGAAGAAAUGAUUCGACUGUGUAGGGUAUAUGAAGAAGAAAUGGGUCUGAUGUAUCCUGUUGUGGAUAUAGAGGAAUUAAUCACCCAUGGUUCCAAUCUUUUUGAAUUCAUCGAUGCCGCAGUGAGGAAUGGCCUUGCCACAUCCAAUAACCCUCAAGGUAUUAAUGAUAUCAAUUCUUGUAUGUUGAAGACUAUCAUGGCUAUCUCAAUGAUCACAGAGGGAAGUGGGCAAAGUGACUUGGCCUUCAGAUUAUUUGAGAGUGUUAGAGAGCCUGCGGAUCGUGCAUUGCAUGAUGAAUUUGUGGAGGUUAAAAGCUUGCCAUUCUUGGUACUUGUGGCAAUAUUCCAUUUUCAUUGUGACGAAGAAGCAUUAGCCUGGCGCAUAAUUGGGCAGGUCGUACGAAUGUCAAUUGAGUUAGGUCUGCAUAGACGUGAUUCUUUUUUCAAAGUUGUGACUGAUGAACGAGAACGGGUUGCUGUUACCAAACUUUUCUGGUCAAUCUAUGUACUUGAUCGAAGAUGGAGUUUCGGUACAGGCAUGCCUUUUGCUAUACAAGAUUCAGAUAUCGAUCCUUCUUUACCAGAACCUGAUAAUACGGUCCCUUAUCUACACGUCAUGAUAUCAUAUUCAAGAAUAGGUUCUAAAGUUUGGAAGUCAAUCUGCUCCUUCUCCCCAACACCCUCAACGAAUAUAAUCACCGAGGAGUUGAGUUAUCUAGAUUACCAGAUCACACAAUGGCAAAAAACGAUACCACCUCAUUUACAACUUCCAACUGCUGCUGCCCCUCAAGCCUCCUCUCGCGCAAUUCAUCGACUACAAAUACUUCUCUACCUUCGUGCCAACCAAAUGCGUAUCCUGAUUUAUCGCCCUGUUUUACACUCCGCAUCUUCUAUACAAGAACACAUUCAACAUGCGUCAACAGUUGUCGAAUUUGCGAAAGAUACAAUUCGCGCCCUCACACAUCUUAAUCAAACCACAGACAUUUACCGCGUACAACAAGUUUGCUUCAAUUAUUUCCUCAUCUCAGCGUUGGCUGUCAUUUUUCUAGCCAGUUGUCAUGCUCCAGUUACUUUCAGCUCGAUUUGUCGCGACGAAUUCUAUAUGGCACUCGAUUUAGUGAAGGGUUUCUCGAAUAAAUCUUUCGUAUCGAAGCGUCUUUGGAAAACAAUCAAAAGUCUAAAACAAGUAGCACCAAAACUUGGGCUGUCCCCCACUUCAAAUAAUCAUCAUAAUGGUGCAUUGGGAGCGGAUGAUGCACAUAGUAGUGCGGCACUUGCAAUGGCUGGAUUGGCAGGUCAUGAAAUUGCGGGGAUGGGAGGAGGAUACGAUACAAACGGACAUGGACAAGGAAUAGGUACGGGAUCAGGGAGUAGUCCAAUGACAGGAAAUCAAAUGAGUUAUGAGAUGACGCAUCUAUUUGAGGCGGCGUUGGGAAUGGGAAAUGGACAUAAUGGAUAUGGAGUUGGGAAUGGGAUGGAUGGGACACCGGGAGUGGGGGAUGAUGUGGGAGGGGUUGGUCCGGCUUUUGGAGAAGGUGAUGAAUUGUUUAGGCAGUUAAGGGAUUUGUUUUAA